AUGUCUAUCAAUUCAUUAAUUUUUACUUCGUUGCUGGUUGGAGUUUAUAGCUCUCCCGAUCCCAGCUACAAUAAACCUUCAUACGCUCCGACAAAAUUCGAGCAAGCCGAGAUUCCGCACUGCGCCAAAAACACUACAAAGUCUUGGUGCCUGGAAGACUCGGAAUAUCCCCAUCAAGAGGUCAGAGAUGCACUGGACCAGCACUACCAAAGCGUUUUGGCUUUCUACAAAGAUAAACUGGCCAACACAGACAAUUCCGUCGACGGUUUGGAUAAACUGAGUGACGAAUUUUACCUUUGUCCGAGCUCCACCGAGUACGUCCGUCCUCUUCGGGCCAUUAACGUCGAAGGCAAGUGGCGGACCAUCGUCAAUGGAGUAGAGUCCUACGGCGUCAAAUACACCCAGACGGCUCGAGUUGAGGAAUGUGACGUGGUGAUUGGCACUGUCUGCCCACUGGUCCCGUCCUGCUACGAUUCCAAAUGCAUCCAGAAGAACAUCUUCCACCUUGCCUGGCUCGUGCGGAUGUGCAGUUGGGGCUUUUAA